ACGGCGGGCAGGCCGGGGAGUAGAGCCAAGGCCGGGGCGGGUGGGGCGCCUGUCCCCGCCCGGCGGCCCCGGGGGAGGUGCUGGGCCGAGCCGCGCCACGCCGGCCCCGGCCGCCUCCUGCCGCUACCCGGGGCGAAGGCUGCUGCCGCCGGCGUGAAUAAUGUUUCCAACAUGUCUGUGCAGUCGCUGCUUUGCGAAAGAAUUGCCGUUGCCAAAGAAUUGAUCAAGAGAGCAGAAGCCCUUUCCAAGUCCCAGAAAAGGAGAAUAGAAGGUGGGGCAAAACUAUGUGGCAAACUGAAGGCUGAGCUAAACUUCUUACACAAGGUGGAGGCAGGGAAGGUGGCCAUUAAAGAAUCCCAUCUGCAGAGUACAAACCUUACCCAUCUCCAAGCCAUUAUUCAGUCAGCAGAGAACCUGGAGGACGUUGUCAGUGUCCUCCAUGUCUUUGCCUACGAGGACAGGUUUGGAGACAAGCAGACGCUGGUGGUAGAUGUUGUCGCAAACGGAGGUCACACGUGGGUGAAGGCCAUCGGUCGGAAGGCUGAGGCGCUGCAUAACAUCUGGCUGGGGAGAGGCCAAUAUGGUGACAAGAGUGUUAUCGAGCAGGCGGAGGACUUCCUGCAAGCAAGCCGUCAGCAGCCAGUGGAGUAUAGCAAUCCCCACAUAAUCUUUGCAUUCUACAACAGCGUGUCCAGUCCUAUGGCAGAGAAACUCAAGGAGAUGGGAAUAUCUGUGCGAGGAGACAUUGUGGCUGUGAACUUACUGGCGGAGCCAUCUACGGAAAACCAACACCUUAGUGCCAGUGAAUCAGAUGAAGAAGGCCCUGAACUCCUGCAGGUGACCAGCGUAGACCGGGAGAAUUUAGUGGCCAGCAUUGCUUUUCCCACACAGAUCAAAGUAAACGUGUGCAAUAGAGUUAACUUGGACAUCACUACCUUAAUAACUUACGUCUCUGCUUUGAGCUAUGGUGGCUGCUACUUCAUCUUCAAAGAAAAAGUGCUAACAGAGCAAGCGGCUCAAGAAAGGAGGGAGAGAGUCCUGCCUCAGCUGGAGGAGUUCAUGGAGGGGAAAGAGCUCUUUGCCUGUGAAUCUGCUAUCAGAGAUUUUCGGUCCAUCUUGGAAACACUGGGGGGGCCUGGGGAGAAAGAGCGAGCUGCGUUGCUUGUUAAAAGAAUUAACGUGGUGCCAGAUCAGCCAUCUGACCGUGCUUUAGGACUAGUGGCGAGUUCCAAAAUCAAUAGCCGUUCUCUUACCAUUUUUGGGACAGGAGACACUUUAAAAGCCAUCACCAUGACUGCAAAUAGUGGUUUUGUGAGGGCAGCAGCUAACCAAGGUGUCAAGUUCAGUGUUUUUGUCCAUCAGCCGCGAGCAUUGACAGAAAGCAAAGAAUCUGUUGCCACACCCUUACCAAAGAGCUGCUCGGCUGAUAAUGGGCUAUAAGUCAUUAAAGGAGUUAAUCAUUGAAAUAUUGCAGGUGCUGCAGUGGAGGUGUUUGGAGAAAUAAGAGUUGUCAUCAUACGUUUUUAGGUGUGUAUCAGUGAAAUCAGUAACUGUAGCAGUGGAAGCGUUCCUCAAAGGAUUUAUAAUAUAUUUACUCAAUUCUUGCUUUUUUUGUUCAGCUGUCUGUUAAUUUAUUCACUAAGGUAAUAAGAUUUCAGUGAAAAUUGUUAACUGGCUUACAGUAUAUUAAUUGUAUCCAUCCCUAUUAAAAAGUUCAGUUAAAGCACAGUUGUCUUUGUGCCCUUGUCAUUUUUGUCCUCUUCAAAGAGAUUGAAGUCAGCACCUUAGAUGGACUUCAGGCUUUUGUGGAACUUAAAUCUUUCUUUCGCCUGUCCUAUUCAACUGAAUUCUUGGUUGAUUCAGAGGUACUUUGUGUAGAGACCUGUGCCUUUGCGUGUGUGUGCUGUUUCCUGAAGAUGUGACUAGUAGCCAUGAGUAGAAACGAACUUAAGCCUUCCUCUUUUACUGAAAAGAGCCUCUGUAUGUGUACCACGUUAGACAGCUUUACCGUUCCCAGAAAAUAGUGGAUUUUAUUGGCGCUAAUAUGGUGUGACUCUUGGUCCAAACUGUGCAGUCUUGCUGGGUGCAAAACCCAGCUUGAGGCUUUGGAUAACAGAAUCCUCCUAAACAGAGCCAGCACCCAGGUAAUUCUUAAUGCUAGUGAGCUCUCUGCUGAGGCCUCAUGGUGAACUUGAAUUUGGCUUUGUUGCUUGUGGACUACCUGAAACAAAGCCUCGCUGAGGUCCUUUAGUGUUGGCAUGGCAGAGGAGGAGGUUUGUGGGAUAAGUUGUUAAUUGCUAGUUUGCCCUAUAGUAAAGAGAACCUUUUUCACUGGUGGUGUAAUUGCUGGUUUUGCUGAAAGUCUAGAAUAAACAAAAAUUUCUUUUUGUUUGUUUGUUUGUUUUUUUUUCAGGAAAGAGUUGCUGUUUUAUAAGUAUUCCUAAUGUUUUUCUGUAUGCUGUAAUGACAGCACUUGCUGUUUGGUAUUAAUUUGCAUCAGGUUCCUAGUGGAAAAUUUUGAGGUGUCAGAGUGAACCUCUUGGCCCUGAGCAAUACGUUUUAUCGGGUCAGUGAAAGAGAUAGAUACCCACUGAAUAUUUUAUAGGCUGUUGUUCAACAAGCUAGCGUUAUUAUGCAGCUUAUAGUUCAGGCAAAGAACGUUCCCUUGCCUCACGCUGCUCCACUAUAAAUUGCUUCCUACAAUACAAACUAGCUGCAGUGCUGCCCUUAGCCAUAGUCUCUACCUAUUUCUUCAUUAAUAUUACUGUCUCCAGUACUCUGCUGUACUCCAGCACUGGCGUAAAGAUAUUGGUAUGCCAGUAAAACCGCUCUGCAUGCCUCUUCUGGCUGAAUAAGCUUAACGCCAAGGAGCAAAAUUUGUCGGUAUGACUCUUGCUCUGUUCUAUUCUUACCGUGCAUGUGGAGUAACCUGUCAGGAGUUGUCACCGGUAUCCCCAUGCUGCAUAUCUUUACUUGUAACUUCUAGCAAUGCAGAGGGCAGUCUGUUCUUCAUCUGCCCCUCGUUUCUGCUGGUCACAGGUAGUUCAUGGGCUUUAGUUAAGAUGAGCGGAACUGGAUUUUUUUUUUUUUUUUGGCAGAUUCAGCAUCUAGUCUUCUACCUGCCGGUUUCUCAAGUCUCCCUUGGUGAGUUGUUCUAACAAAACAUCUAGCUUAUUCCUACAGUCUAAUGCUGUGUAACAAAACCUCAUGGCAGGAUACAUCCUCCACUGUAUCCGUUAAUUUUCCUGGAAGUUCUUCUGAAGGGAAAGGAGGACCAACACAAUGAAAUGUGUUGGCUGUGCUGCAGAAAUGCAAGUCUGCCCCGAUAGUUAACAGCGCACGCUUCAUCGUGCAGGAGUUUAGGGAGAUAGUGCUUUAUCAUGGUAUGAUGGAUUUACCAGAGCACAACCACAAGAUGUUUGUGAGAUGUUCCGGUGCUAUGAACAGCGGGCAGGAAAGGUGCCUUUCAUUUCUGCCAUGAGAGCUCUUACUCUGGACACCUGUGUGAUGGCUCUCCUUUGCAGGUGUGGGAACAGAGGUGGGAGGAACAGAGGCCAUCUGUGGAGAAUAAGAACUGCAUGUCUCAAAACUGUCUUUCUGUUUGGGAUCAGAAGUCCUGAAAGAAGGUACAAGAAACCUCCUAGUGAAUGACUUAUGAACAAACAACCCGGGAGAAAGGGUUUCUUUUUGUUUGCAACGCAGAGCUUUAAAAGCUGAAAUCUCAAUAGACAACUUCCUACUUAUCACUGAUUAGUCUGUUUUACAAUCUUACAGGAUAUACUUGAAGCUGAGCGCAUGGUAACAGUGUAUUUACGCGUGAUAGGUCAUUAAGGCCUUUUAAAAACUAAUCCUUUGGAUUGUUUAAGGUGUUUUCAAUUUGCUUGCAGCCUUUCUACCCUGAUGAAGGGUUUGAAGGAGUAAAUGGGAGAGAGCCGCUUCAUUCUGCUCCUUGCUGUGACUCUAGGAAGUGGGUUUCUGUCGCUUUCCUUUCUGUAUCCCAUUCGGUACUCUUGAAUAUCCUCUUGGGCACCCUCUAAAGAGGUUUCUCCAAACCACACGCGAGAGGGCAGUGAGCCGUGUUCUUACGUGGCAGGUGACCCAGAGAAAGUAGUGAAAAGCAAGUAACCUCUGUAUUGCCUGGAUGAGAAGUGAGCGAGCUCUGUUUGCUGUAUUUCUUCACUCGUGCUGCUGCAGAGGUGGCUGACCUGUUUUGUAGUGAUACUUUUGUAUGAAAAUUAAAUGCAACUCUGUUUA